CCCUUAUGCAUGUAAAGAAUGUGAUUUACUGUAACUUAAGAUUGUCAGUGACGGCUCAGUGGCAGAGGAGGAUGGGAAGGGUAGGAAAUGAGAAAAAAUGAUAAUGAAAAUGAUAAGAAAAGGUGAAGAAGCAAGAGAGGAGAGAGGAAAAAAUAGAAAAUACUCCCCGAGACUGAUAUCAAGAGACUAAUAAUGGUAAUGAAACUCCCCAUGCUAACAGGGCCUAAUUAGAAAAAAAAAAACAACGGACGAGGGAAUUCAGUAUUUCAUGCGGACAAGCGAAGCCCCUGUAAGACAUGGACACACAGCGGCCGUCGGGAAACACCAGAAACUUGGGAGCCGAGAAUCUAACAUUCGCCUAAGUUAAGGAUGAGCGAUGACGAGGAGAACGAGCAAGGGUGGGCGGGCGUGGGCGGCGCGGUGCUGAGGGAGCUGUGGAAUGACGCCCGCGACUACAUUCAGGGCGCCGCGCAGCACGGCGACGGCGACAGCUGGCGCAGCAGCGGCGGUCUGGGGUCCAACCGCAACGCGUCUCGGCCGCAGGAGGACGCCACGACCUUCUUCAGGGACGGCCGCCGCAGGAUCGACUACGUGCUCGUCUAUGAGGACUCAGGAGGCGCCUCCCGCAGGACCAAGGAGGAGCGGGAGAAGAGCCUGGGAAGGACUCUUUCGGCCAGCGAGAAGAGGACAUUCAAGCACGAGUCAUGGCGCCAGAGGUUCAUGAACUCGCUCAUGAAGGCGGGGCUGCACAUGGAGGAGGAGACGGAGGUGAGCGGAAAGAAAACCAUCUACUUCAUCAAGCUGAGCGCACCCUGGGCCGUCCUCUGCCACUACGCCGAGGAACUCAACAUGAGAGCGCCUCUUCAGGAACGUCAUUCAGGCGUAGUAUUCGAGCUGCUGCAACACCUUCAGCCGAACAUUUCUGCGCACAACAACCCCUCGACCAACUGGUCCGAGGUCCUGCUCGAGAAGCUCCGGCUGCCCAACUUGAUGGCGGAGGACGUGCCCAACAAGCCCCUCGACUACUUCACGUGCGCCUUCAAGAAGUCCAAGAUUGACAGGUUCUUAGGCAGCGACAACCCCGACCAGUACUUUACCAACACCCAGCGCUCGAGGAUCGUUCACGAGGUGCUCUCGACCGCGCCCUUCGGAAAGGUCAAGAAGGGCGAGAUUGGCAUUGAGAGACUCGUGGAGGAGGGGAUAUACAGCGCCGCCUUUCCUCUGCAUGAUGGACCGUACGAGUAUCCUGAGGGCUGCCGCGACCCCUCGACGCUGAACCCUCGCCAGGUGCUGUACCACUACUGGGCUCGGUGGGGCAAGUGGCACAAGUACCAGCCGCUGGACCACAUCCGGGAGUACUUCGGAGAGAAGAUUGGCAUCUACUUCGCCUGGCUCGGCCUGUACACGGGAUGGCUGUUGCCGGCAGCGGUGGUCGGCCUCCUCGUGUUCCUCUACGGCGUGCUCACCAUCAACUACAACACGCCUGCCAACGAGAUCUGCAACGAGCGAGGCCAGUUCAAGAUGUGUCCGCUCUGCAACGUGAGUUUCGGGUGCCAGUUUUGGGACCUGAACGACAUCUGUUUCUACGCUCGGAUAUCCUACCUGUUCGAUCACCCGGGUACCGUUUUCUACGCCAUCUUCGUGUCCUUUUGGGCCGUGUCCUUCCUGGAGUACUGGAAGAGAAAGAGCGCCUCCCUCGCCCACCACUGGGACUGCCUCGACUUCCAGGAGGAGGAGGAGCGCCCGCGGCCCGAGUUCGCGGCCAAGGCGCCCCUGCAGGAGAGGAAUCCCAUCACGGGCGUGCGGGAGCCCUCCUUCCCCAAGUCCAUCAGGACGAAGAGGAUCAUGGCGGGCGUCGGCCUCAUCUUCAUCAUGGUGGGUCAUAUUUUCGACUGCUCUGCUAUCAGCAAACGGGACUAUCUUUGGAAAGUGCUUGCAUCUUGCAGUAAUGUUUCUGAGGUACAUGUAUUGACAGACUCCUGA